AUGCUUCAAACGGCCAUUCCAUGCUGGCAGCCGUUCCUGGGUCUGGCUAUGGUGUUCCUCCUCGUGGGAUCCACCAUCGGCUGUCCUGCUCGCUGUGAGUGCUCCGCCCAGAACAAAUCUGUUAGCUGCCACAGAAGACGUUUGAUUGCCAUCCCAGAAGGCAUUCCCAUUGAGACCAAAAUCUUGGACCUCAGCAAAAACAGAUUAAAAAGCGUAAACCCUGAAGAAUUCAUAUCAUAUCCUCUCCUGGAGGAGAUAGACUUGAGCGACAACAUCAUCGCCAAUGUGGAGCCCGGGGCUUUUAAUAACCUCUUUAACCUACGAUCCCUCCGCCUGAAAGGCAAUCGCCUUAAGUUGGUACCCUUGGGAGUAUUCACAGGACUGUCCAACCUCACCAAACUUGACAUUAGUGAGAAUAAGAUUGUUAUUUUGCUGGACUACAUGUUCCAGGAUCUACAUAACCUGAAGUCUCUAGAAGUGGGGGACAAUGAUUUGGUUUAUAUAUCACACAGGGCCUUUAGCGGACUACUUAGCUUGGAGCAGCUCACCCUGGAGAAGUGCAACUUAACAGCAGUACCAACAGAAGCCCUUUCCCACCUCCGCAGCCUCAUCACCUUGCAUCUGAAGCAUCUUAACAUCAACAAUAUGCCCGUGUAUGCCUUUAAAAAAUUGUUCCACCUGAAACACCUAGAGAUCGACUAUUGGCCUUUGCUCGACAUGAUGCCAGCCAAUAGCCUCUAUGGUCUCAACCUCACCUCCCUCUCCAUCACUAACACCAACCUGUCCACUGUCCCCUUCCUCGCCUUUAAACACCUGGUGUACCUGACCCACCUUAACCUCUCCUACAAUCCCAUCAGCACUAUCGAAGCAGGCAUGUUCUCUGACCUGAUCCGCCUACAGGAGCUUCAUAUAGUGGGGGCCCAACUGCGCACCAUUGAGCCUCACUCCUUCCAAGGGCUCCGCUUCCUCCGUGUGCUCAAUGUAUCUCAGAACCUGCUGGAAACAUUGGAAGAGAAUGUCUUCUCCUCCCCUAGGGCUUUGGAGGUCCUGAGCAUUAACAACAACCCACUAGCCUGCGACUGUCGACUCCUCUGGCUCCUACAGCGACAACCCACCCUACAGUUUGGGGGCCAGCAGCCCAUGUGUGCCGGGCCAGACACCAUUCGUGAGAGGUCAUUUAAGGAUUUCCAUAGCACCGCUCUUUCUUUCUACUUUACCUGCAAAAAGCCCAAAAUCCGUGAAAAGAAGUUACAGCACCUCCUAGUGGACGAAGGACAGACAGUCCAGCUGGAGUGCAGUGCUGACGGAGACCCACAGCCCGUGAUUUCCUGGGUGACACCCCGAAGGCGUUUCAUCACAGCCAAAUCCAAUGGAAGGGCCACUGUGUUGGGUGAUGGCACCCUGGAAAUCCGUUUUGCCCAGGAUCAAGACAGUGGGUUGUAUGUUUGCAUUGCUAGCAACGCUGCCGGGAACGACACCUACACAGCCUCCCUCACUGUGAAGGGAUUCACUUCAGACCGCUUCCUUUACGCAAACAGGACCCCUAUGUACAUGACCGACUCCAAUGACACGGUCUCCAACGGCACUAAUGCCAACACUUUUUCCCUGGACCUUAAAACAAUACUGGUAUCUACAGCCAUGGGCUGUUUCACAUUCCUGGGAGUGGUUUUAUUUUGUUUUCUCCUCCUUUUUGUGUGGAGCCGAGGAAAAGGCAAGCACAAAAACAGCAUUGACCUCGAGUAUGUGCCCCGAAAAAACAACGGUGCUGUUGUCGAAGGGGAGGUGGCUGGACCCAGGAGGUUCAACAUGAAAAUGAUAUAG